AUGUUCUCUUCUAAAGAUACACAAUCUGAAGUAUCUUAUAUUAAUGCUUGGCACAAAAAACAAACAGCGCUGGCAUCUGCUUUUCGAUUGCUUUCUGAAGCAUGCAGUGCGGCUGCACGGGAACUUCAGGAUUUUUCUUUACCUUAUGCAUUGCCUUUGAAUGGAGAGAAAGUUAAACAUGUUGCAGUUGAACAAUCUGCAACAGAAAAUUCUAUAUUUUCUUCAUCAGAAAUCCAAAUGAUUCAGGAGUCUACUCCAGAGCUUCAAGCAGAUGUAACAGAAGUUAAGAAACGUAAAGCUCGUGAUCCUAAUCAACCUAAGCGGCCGUUGAGUGCAUAUUUGUCAUUUCAAUUAAAAACACGCCAAGCAGUUAAGGAUAGCCUAGGAGAAAGUGCAACGCAAAAAGAAAUACUUAGUGAGAUUGCUGAAAGAUGGUCUAAGCUUAAUGAUGAUGAAAGAAAGCCCUUUGAAGAAGAAGCAAGAAAAGCACGAGAACAGUAUGAUAAAGAAAUGACGGCGUAUCGUUCUUCAGAAUCUAAAAAUAAUUCAAACGCUUUGUUGACAAAAGAAAAUCCUGUAGAAACACAUAUUAAGACUCCUCCUUUACAAAAAGAUUUAGAAGAGAGUAAAGAAAGUUUAAAAACUGUCUCUAUAGUCGAAGAAGUAAAUGAUACAAAUACUUCUAAAAAUAAUAUCAAUGAAGUUGUAAAAGAAAAAAAAAGAAAACAUAAGAAAAAAGGAGAUGGAUCACAUUUGUCAAGUGAUGGUAAUGCCUCGCUUAAAGAAGAGAAAAAGGAACGUAAAAAGCAUAAGAAAAAAGAAGGACAUGUAGAGAAGGGAUAA